AAAACUAUCACCAACUUUGGAAAUGGUCUACCGACAAUAUUUCAGAUUUUUGGGCUACAGUUUGGGAUUAUACCAACAUCAUUCAUUCAGCUCCCUACGAACAGGUUGUAGAAUCUAAGCCAAUGAAUAAAUUACCUGCUUGGUUUUCUGGUGCAAGACUUAAUUUUGCCCAGAACUUAUUGUGGUGCCGUGAUGGGAAUAGAACUGCUAUUAUUUCAGCUGGUGAAGGCAAAUCUAUACAAACAAUUUCUUAUCGUGAUUUAUAUGAUCAAGUUAGACGUAUGGCAGUUGCAAUGAGAUCGGCCGGUGUUCGAAAGGGUGAUAGAAUUUGUGCAUAUAUUUCAAAUUGUCCUGAAGCCGUGAUUGCAAUGCUUGCUUCUACUAGUAUUGGCGCAAUUUGGAGUAGUGCUUCUCCUGACUUUGGUGUUUCAGGAGUUCUUGAUAGAUUUUCUCAGAUUCGUCCAAAAUUUUUAUUUUCUACAAAUUCUGUUGUAUAUAAUGAAAAAACCAUUAAUAUCUUACCAAAGCUUAAACUUGUGGCUGAAAGUUUAGAGAAAGAGGGUCUGGAAAAAGUUAUCGUCGUUUCUUUCAACGAAUUUAAUAAUUAUGAUUUAUCUUCAAUUUCAUUAGCAACUUCUUGGAAUGAUUUUCUGAACAAUUAUUCAGUUGUAGGCUCUAGUUCAGAUGAAAUAGAGUUUGAACAAUUGCCAUUCGAUCAUCCACUCUAUAUUCUUUUUUCUUCCGGAACGACUGGAAAACCUAAAUGUAUGGUUCAUAGGGCAGGAGGAGUGUUAAUUCAACAUAAGAAGGAGCACAUUUUACAUGGGAAUAUGUCUCAAAAUGACGUAUUGUUUUAUUAUACAACAACCGGAUGGAUGAUGUGGAAUUGGUUGGUUUCAGGAUUGGCAACUGGUUGUACAAUUGUUUUAUAUGAUGGAUCACCUUUUAAACCAAGGGCAUCCGUUCUUUGGGAAUUAAGUGAUCAAAUUGGGAUUACAGUAUUAGGCAUUUCCGCAAAGUAUAUUCAAAGUCUUCAAGAUUUAAAUUAUAAACCCAUCGAACAGUGUAAUUUACAAUCAAUUAGAAUAAUUUUGUCAACCGGUUCACCUUUAAAACCUGAAGGCUUUGAUUAUGUCUAUGACUCAAUUAAAAAAGAUGUUAUGUUGAGUUCGAUCACUG